AUGGAGCUUGAGGCAGGUAACAUGUCAUCUGCACUGGCGAAUAUUGCUCCUUCAUUGAGUUCACAACGACCUUCAGGUUCCCAUGGUGGUUGUGCUUCAUCCUCGCAAGGUGGCCACUUGGUUGCCACUCAUGGUGGGCAUUCGGUUGGUACUCAGGGUGGUCACGGGGGCCACCUAGCUGCUACUCAUGGUAGUCACUUGGCUACCACUAAUGGUGGUCGUUCAGCUACCGCUCAUGGUGGUCAACCAACUGCCACUCACGGUGCUCAGAGACUACCUGAGAUGAGCGGGAAUCAUUCAAUGUGCUUGGAUCGUGUUGACGUAACAGCUCUUCAUAAUAAUGGAAAUCAUGAUUGUGGCUCCCAACCAUUGCAUGAAUCUAAUGCUCCUAGUACUAUUGCUCCUAGUAUUGCUGUCCCAUUAAACCCAAUGGUCACUUUAUCCUUUGAAUCAAAUGGGACAGCUGGCGUCUCAAACAUUGAGAAUAUGAGAACUACUUCUUCCGUUAGAGCCAUAAUCCAAUCUAUUGAUGAAACGGCAGGGGUCGCUAGUAACUCUCUGCGACAGGUUGGUUAUGGCAACCGUUAUGCUAUUUUACAGGAGCAGGAUACUUUAAGGCCUAAAAAUUUGGAGGACGUGGACUCAUCUCCAGCUCAGCGAGAACGUGAUAGAAGUCCGGGUGGAAUUUUCCCUGUGCCAAAACCCUCCUCAAAUAUUUCUUAA